CCGAAUCCAAAGCAUCCAAAACGAUUCGAAAAUGGCGACGCCCAUCUUUCGGAGUCAGUUCGGGCAUUUCCUUCGCAAUGUCGUAUUUAAACGAUCCUUCAAAUCUCUGUCGCAGAAACCCGCUGCAAAGAAGGCGUUACAGGUUGGUGUUCCAAUAGGAAUUAUUAGCACCGCUUCUUUCGCUGUUUACUUCCUUCUGAGCAAGAAACGCUUCACCGUGCUGGCCAAACGACCUCACAGGGAAUCCGUCGACCGAGAGGACCCGGACGAGCACACCAUGCAUCUGACCCAACGCGAGCGACGUUUCAUUCGCUUCGCGUCAGUGGAGUACGAGGGACAGCUAUACAUGACUCCCGAAGAUUUUCUGGAAUCUCUCACGGAAACAGAGCCGAGGCCUCGAUUACACCGUCGUCGCCUCACGAAGAAGGAGCUGGACUACAUCAUUGACCAGACGCCUCAGAGGAGAUAUGGUUCCACGAAGCUCUUCAGGAACCUGAGAGACAACGGAAUAAUUUCGUACACCGAGUACCUAUUUCUGCUCUCAGUGCUCACAAAGCCACAAUCUGGAUUCAGAAUUGCUUUCAACAUGUUUGACACGGAUGGAAACCAACGUGUAGACAAGGAGGAGUUUUUGGUGGUUCUGCAAAUCCUCGUAAUGGCGAUUUUUUUCAAAAAGUCCGGUAAGCUCGGACUUUAUGAGGAAGUCCCAUCAGAUGUUCUUGAGAAAAUAUUUAGCACUGUUGCACGACGUGGUAAGCUUAAAACAAAUAAGGAGCUGCCCGAACUGGAGGAAACUGAGAGGGCCGACUUCUCCAGCGCAGUCAACACCACGCUUCUCAUGCACCUCUUUGGAAAGAAGGGAACCGACACACUCAAGUACGACGACUUCUUCAGAUUCAUGGACAACCUCCAGACUGAGGUCCUCGAGCUGGAGUUUACGGAGUUCUCCCGGGGCAUGCCCACCAUUUCGGAGGUGGACUUUGCUCGGAUCCUGCUCCGCUACACCUACAUCCACAGCGCAAAUUAUGAGGCCUACGUGGAGAGAGUUAAGGACAGAAUUCCCGAAGAAAAGGGAAUUACAUUCGACCAGUUCAAGGCCUUCUGCCAGUUUUUGAACAAUCUGGAUGACUUCUCCAUUGCCAUGAGGAUGUUCACCUAUGCCAACAAGCCCAUCUCCCAAGAGGAAUUCCAUAGGGCUGUGAAAAUCUGUACCGGCCAUAGCUUGGAUCCCUACCUCGUGGACACAGUGUUUCAGAUCUUUGAUGCAGAUGGAGACGGCUUUUUGUCUUACAAAGAGUUCAUCGCCAUCAUGAGAGACAGACUCCAUCGGGGACUCAGGUCCCACCUGAUCUCGACUGAAGGCUGGGAAGCAUUCAAGGUGUGUGUCAAGGGAGAAAUGCGAGCUUCAUAAACGAGCGAUUUUUUCUUCUGAUGACGGCUUAAGUUAUUUAGUAUAGAGUUUUAUUUGUUUCGCUUGUUUAUUGACUUCCGCCAGAGUUUCUUGUUUUGUUGAUUUGACUAAUAAAGUUCUAGAAUGAAGUUAA